AUGUCGCGCACAAACUUGGUGUGUUUGGUGUCUGGGAUAAAGUCUCUCUACGAGGCCGAGCUCGCGGACACCAGGCGUGUGCUUGACGAAACGGCGCGUGAAAGAGCCAAACUUCAGAUCAAUCUGGGAAAAGCCAACUCGGAGCUCGAGGAGGUCACCCGCAACUAUAAGAAGAAGGAUGGAGACUUGGCUCUGGCUCAGGCUCGUAUCAAGGAACUGGAAGCGCAGUACAACAAGAACGAGGCGGCUCUCAACACGGCGCUCAGCGAGAACAAGUCUUUAUCAGCAGAACUCGCCGACCUGAAGGCUCAGCUGGCCAAAGCUGAAAACGCUCACGGUGUGGCCAAGAAACAGCUGGAGGCGGAGACGCUGAUGAGGGUGGAUCUGGAAAACCGCUGCCAGAGUCUGGCGGAGGAGCUGGAGUUCAGGAAGAGCAUGUUUGAGGAGGAGGUGCGUGAGACUCGCCAGCGUCGUGAGAAGCGCAUGGUGGAGGUGGAUUCGGGCAUGCAGCAGGACUACGAGUUUAAGCUGGCACAGGCGCUGCAGGAUCUGCGCAGACAGCACGAGGAGCAAGUGCAGAUCUACAAGGACGAGCUGCAGCAUACCUUCAAGGCCAAGCUGGAUAAUGCCAAGGUGUCGUCUGACCUGAAUGAUAAGGCAGUGCUCACCGCCCGCGAGGAGCUGCAGGAAGCCCACAUGAGGAUCGAGGGCCUGAGCUAUCAGCUCAGUGCUCUGCAGAAACAGGCGUCUGCCGCUGAGGAGCGCAUCCGCGAGCUGGAGAGCAUGCUGUCCAGCGACCGGGACAAGUACCGCCGACAGCUAGACGCCAAGGAGCGCGAGAUGGCCGAGCUGAGGGAGUGCAUGCAGCAGCAGCUCAACGAGUACCAGGAGCUGCUGGAUGUCAAACUGGCCCUAGACAUGGAGAUCAACGCCUACAGGAAGCUGCUGGAGGGCGAGGAGGACAGGCUGAAGUUGUCCCCCAGUCCGUCCUCACGGGUCACAGUGUCCCGCACCACAGCGAGCAGCACUUCUAUGUCUUCACGUAGCACCCGCGCCAAGAGAAAGCGCGUGGAGCUGGAGGAAGCGUCCACUGCGGCUCCUAAAGUGCAGAUCAGCCAGGAGGCCGAAGCCACGGGCAGCGUCAGUAUCGAGGAGAUCGACCUGGAGGGGAAAUCGGUGACCCUCAGGAACAACUCUGACAAGGAUCAAUCUCUGGGCAGCUGGCGACUAAAGAGACAAAUUGCCGAUGGAGAGGAAAUCACCUAUAAAUUCAGUCCCAAGUUUGUCCUGAAGGCCGGCCAGACGGUAACGGUGUGGAGCGCUGAUGCCGGCGUGUCCCACAGUCCUCCUUCAGACCUGCUGUGGAAGAGCCAGAGCUCUUGGGGCACCGGAGAGAAGAUCCUCACUUUACUGGUUAAUUCCAGCGGAGAGGACGUGGCAAAGCGAACCGUCACUAAAAGCGUGAUAGAAAUGGAGAACGGUGAUGACGAGGAGGGAGACUUUGGAGACGAAGAUCUCUUCCAUCAGCAGGGCGAUCCAAAGACCCGAUCCAGAGAAUGUGCCGUCAUGUGAUGGAGCCGCGCACUUUUAGUAUUUUCCUUCCCACAAUUCAGUCUUUUUUGUAGAGCCACUACUUUUGUAUUCUUCGAAUCAUGAGUUCAUAACGCCCCUCCCUCGAUCCUUUAUUUGUACGGACCUCAUUUGUAAAGCCACUUAAUCUUGAGCUGCGACGCUAUUUUUCAGUCGCCGCUCAUCAAUGAAUAGUCUUUCCAGACGUCCCGUAGAAGUCGAAGCGCUUCCGAACGGCGGCGACAUCCCAUUAUGUACCGUUGGCGAAUGCCAUCCGAGAAUGAGUCAAAUGACCUGAAAUUAGAGAGUAUUUGUGCGAGCCGGUGACUAACGAAUCUGCAUAUUCAUGUCAAUGAAUCAUGCAUUUUCUCGUCACUGUGGGGUUAUGAAGGGGGGAAUUAUUUUUGUUCUGUAGUGCACUAUAGCCCGUAACUGACAGCUGUCGCUUAGCGUCCCUUAUGUUUUUGUGCUUCGCCAACCAGAUGAACAGGGUGGAAACGAAACUAGAUUAUUCUAAAUGACCAUCUAAACGUCAUGUGUUUUGAUUCAUGCUUUACAUAGUAUUAUGUAUGUUUGAAUCAGUGACUGAGACAUUUGAGAUCCCUACUCAACCUAAAUGUAUAACAUACACAAAUGACACAUUGUACUCAUCAGGUGCUUUCUGAUGAGUACAAUGUUAAAAGACUUUGAGAAGCUACUCAAGUUAGUAUUCAAAGAAGUUCAAGUUCAUUUAAAUAUUCAAAACGUUUUCAGUUUGAAUGUAGUGUUGAAUGUUAAAUUUGAGUGAAUUUAGCUUGGGAAAAAUGGUUGUUGAAUUCUGCAUUGAAAUUGGACCCGAAUCAGCACACUUUUACAAAAGUACAGAUGCUCGUGCAGAUUAACCAAAGAAAUGGACGAUGCAUGAAACCAAUUUGACUUGUCAAAUUUUCCUUUGUUUCUUGCUUGCUUUGCGCAAUUUGCAAACAUGAGACUGAAUAAACUAAAACCUUUAUUUUAGUUGUCGAAUCCAGUGAGUAAUCUGCAUCCAUCCACCCUGUUGAUUCUGUUGCAUUUAAGUUUUAAAACUCUUUACUUUUUUUAUUUGAAAUGUUUCUCAGACAAUUAUGCAUGCAGCAAAUAUUUUUAUAAGAAACUGAUCUGAGUGUUACUGAGCUCUAGGGUUGACGCUUCAAUUUUUCAGACAAACUGCGUAAUACUGUAGUUUGUUUUUUAGCUACAAUCGUAUAUUUUUGAAAGUUUUUUUUCCUCAGGAUUUUUAAAACCCUAGUGCACAAGACUCUUUAAAUGCAUUUAAAAUUUACAUUAAAGGUCUUAUAAAUUUGUGAAUAUAUUCAGUGCUGUGUGUACAAAAAAUUGACCUGGGAAACAUUUUUAUAAUUUCUUUCUUUUGUAAGGUAAUGCAGUGCAGAACUAUUUUGUUAUUUUAAUGGGGUUAUCAUUAUCUGCGUGUUUACUUUUUAGGGUUCUUUUGAAGGUUCUGCGAGAUCGAAUUGUUUGAUAGUGUAUCAAUUGGGGCAUACAGAAUUGUGUAAAAUUGAAGUGAAAUUAAGCUCAAGUAAAGUUGUAUUUGUGUACAUUUGUUACUUGGCCUCUGAGCUAAUAAAAUCUACCUUUUUGUUUAGUUUUUAACAUCAUGUGACGUGAACGGAAACUGUUUUCUUUGCCAAACACUCCACAUCUGUGAAUUUUAAAUUUAGCUUCUUUUAGUUACGUACACUGUUUUCAAGAGGAAAGUCAUUUCCUUGUUCUUUCAGGUUUUAUUAGACAGGGCUGUGACUUAUGUAACGGAUACAAUGUGCUUUGGUGUAUUUUAAUAAGCUACGAAAUUGUCAAUCUGUCGUAAUAAUCUACUGUAAAGUAAAAAUUGCUAUUUGAACUACCAUCAAAAGCAUACAAAUGUGAGUUUAAGGCUGUAAAAUUGAGCCAUAAAUUGUGAAUUAUGAAUCCAAUUUGUUAGGGGGUAAAUUGUACAAAGUCUUUUGAAGGCCUACAAGAGGAGAGCGCAUGCCAAAAGUGUCUCAUUAAUUGUGAUCAAUUUUACUUUGAUUUGUCUUUUUUUGUAUGCAA